AUGGAUGCAAUAACGGAAUCGCCCGGGCGGUAUUGGCUUAUAUCGCUUAAAUAUGACAUGAUAGACAGUACCAAUGCUCAUCAGAUGCAAACAUAUUACUCAUUGAUACAACUUAUUCAUCUGCUCGAUGCAAUGACACCAAGCAGAAGUCCCAGAUUUCAAUCAGGGACUGAAUUGGACGGCGGUGAGUUUACGACCGAUUCAAAUGUCAAGAAGGAAACAUUCAGCGUAGUUAACGAUUUGUCGGAUGAUAUACUGUUGACAAUAUUUGGUUAUUGUCAUCCAACUGAUUUGAUCCAUAGUUUUUCUUUAGUUUGUCGCCGUUGGAAUCAUUUGACGAAUUAUUCCAUUUGGUUGACCGAAGUUCGGGUUUAG